ACUGCGCAAAGCUCUACUGGCUAACUGACUUUUCUAUUGCUCAGAUAUGGCACAGACGUACUCUUUUGAACUAUUUAUUUUUGCCCUACAUGGCGUGUUGUUUUUUUUUUAACCAUUCAAAUUUGACAGGGUUGUUGACAACACUCUUAUCUGUAGUGUGUCAUAUUGACAAGGCAUCUCUCCCUUGUGCUAACUCGUAACCGUGCCGCCAUCUUGUAGCCGGAACCUCUCACUACAACCUGGCCGCCAGUCAACUGGCACUCGACCGGACAGUUUAAGAGUGUAAAUGGCAUUAAAACGUCGCUUAAGAACACACUACACGGACAUUGACAUUGAUACGUUUAAAGGGUGAGAAAACAAAAAGGAAAGCGACGGCGAACAUUGGCACGUUUAAAGGGGCAGAAAAAAGAAAGACAAAAAAAAACAGUCAACGAGUCCUACCAGCGAAAGUUGCUGCUAGCCGGGUGUCACCUGAGCCGUCGCCGUCAUAAGUCGCGUGCUAGCGGGUAAUGGAUACCGAGCCUCCCCGGGGUCGCUGUGUCGUCCAACUGGACCGCACCACGUCGCCGCCUGCCUCGGGCUCGCUUCUUAAAUCUGCAAGUCGCCGAGCGACCAACUAAACCUUGUGAGACGACGACAUGCGCUCCCUCGCCGGGCUAGCGGCCACCUUGGCGGCGGCCAGCGUCUACCUCUACGUGCUCUCCACUCACCUGCCGCCGGCGGAUGAGCACCUGCGGCCGGCCUCGCCUGGGGAGCCCGAGCCGGAGCCCCACUACUACAAGUUGAAGUUCCCGUCGGAUCUGGACGAACUGCGGGAGCUUGCAGAGAUGCUCAGGUUCUACAAGCGGGAGCACCACGGCUACGUUCUGCUGCUCUUCUGCAGCGCAUACCUCUACAAGCAGUCCUUCGCCAUUCCCGGAUCCUCCUUCCUGAACAUGCUGGCGGGCGCCAUAUUCGGACCCUGGGAGGGCCUGGCGCUGGCGUCGCUGCUCACCACCACGGGCUCCACGUUCUGCUACCUGCUGUCGUCCGCCUUCGGGAAGCAGCAUGUGGUUCGCAUCUUCCCGGACAAGGUGGCGCUGCUGCAGAGGAAGGUAGAGGAAAACCGUAGCAGCUUGUUCUUUUUCCUCCUCUUCCUGCGCUUCUUCCCCAUGACUCCUAACUGGUUCCUUAACAUCACCUGUCCGGUCCUCAAUAUCUCCAUGUCCAUCUUCUUCUUCUCCGUCUUCAUCGGUUUGAUUCCCUACAACUUCAUCUGCGUGCGCACGGGCGCCAUCCUCUCCGAGGUCCGCUCCCUGGACGACAUCUUCUCGUGGGCCACGCUGGCCCAGUUGCUGGCCGUCGCGCUGGCGGCGCUGGUGCCCGGCGCGCUCAUCAAACGCUAUGGCCGAGCUCACCUCAAGGUGGAGGGCGCGGACGGAACACGGGAGGACGAUCGGAAGAGGCGAUGACGGAGGUAGGACGAGGACUUUUCAUACCGGAAGUCUCCGCCGGUGGACCUUACACCGCCGACCUUGACGUCACUGUGAUCGAUGCGCAGUGGACUGCCGCUAUUCGCUGUGGAGAGGGGCCGGGACCGGCCGCGAAUAAUUGACGGCCAUUAUAAGUGCAUUGGAAAAAUGAUUUUUUCUUUUUAACCCCAAAAAUUCUUAUACCGCCGGUAAGAAAAAAAAUAGGGGUGAUUCCCCUCCCAAAGGAAAAUGGAAACAAAAUCUGCAACUAGGUGAAUCCGCUUGAUUUAUUUAUGGUUAUGGUGGGGUCGUGUUCCAUACCGAUGCGCAAUAGAUGAAAAACUGUGAUAUCGAGAGACAUUAAAGUCAAAUUGUUUUGCCUCUCCCAAAUGCGUUCAACAUAUUAAAACACAUUUAAGGUACGGUGGUGCGUUGAGAUAUGAGUUUAAUUUGUUGCGUGACACCACAUAACCUAAAACACGCAUCUCAAAUCAUCUUUCCCCAUUAAAAUGAACGGACGUGCCAUUAAUCUGUUGCCAACCGCCUGGCGGGGGACGGUACAAUACAGUCACCACUCAUCUUAGUUCCUCAGUAAGGUUUGUUUUGGUUUGCAGAGGAUCAAGAAUAAAUGCCUGUAAGUCUGUGUGUGUCGCUCCACCAUUGGUUAAAGUCCCUUUUUUCCCCCCCUUUAUUAAAAACACGUCAUUGUUUUGGGCGGCUUGAACGGAUUCAAGUUUAAAGUCAAGGCACCGUCGCUACAACAGCAAUAAUACACUAAGCUCAUUCAACUGCGAAGGUAUACCUAAUGAAAUGAUUUUUAGGAUUCAUCAUGUGUGUUGACAUCCAGCGCUUGUUCUUAACUUUAUAAAGUUGCAAAUGGAAUGUCAGGUUCAAGCAAAGAUGAUUUGAAACUACAGCUGUUUACAAGCACUUAUCUUUUACGUUGUUUAUUUACAUUCUCUGUGAAGCACUUAGACGUCUUAAUACUUCAUUUAUUGAAAGUAACCGUGCGCACGUGUACUUCUGUUACACAAUCUGUGUGUUUGUGUCUCUGAGGAUGAGAGAUUGUCGUUCUCUUCUUCUUUGACCACAUUUUGUAACCGUUUAAAAAAUGCAACUCUUAAGUUUUGUUUUUGUAAGUCCAUGUCAAGGGCAACGGACAAUAAAACUCACUUAUUAAAAA